AUGGCUGGUUCCAAGAGCCAAAAGUCGCUUGACGACUCAAAUAAGAAGCGCAAAAGGGAUACAGGCGAAUUCGAUUUGAAGACAAAGCGGCAUAGAAAAGACGAGAAGAACAGUACCUCCAAAGCCAAGGCACAAGGCGAAUUGCCCGAGAACAAUGGCCAAUUGGCUACAUCGAAUCGCGAAUCUGAAAGCAAGAUUCUCGCCAAGAACAACCUCUCUUUGAUUCAGCAGACUGAGGAUGGUGAAGCCGGCUGGAGAUUCUCGAAACCAAUGGGCGGAAGGAUGUUAGAUAUUGACCCAAUUCUAACAGCAGAUGAACAGUGUAUCAUCCUGACAUACAACACCUCGAUACAGGUCUACUCGGCCUCUACCUCGCUACUGAUUCGACGUAUUUCCAUCAGUACUCUGGAAAGCCAAAGCGAAAACCCGACAAGCCCUCCCACCAUCACAGCGACGAGGCUCUCUCUGCUCAACCCGGACUUCGUCUGGGUAGGUUGCUCAGAUGGUCGCAUUUACUUCGUCAACUGGACCCAAGCCUCCCGACCGAAGCAGAAGUUCCAAACCAAAUCCGCCACGGCUAAAGCAUUGGCUCCUGUCUUGAUUGGGCCUCCGAAGAAAUUACGAGAGGCUGUCUUAAUUGUCGAAUCUGAUAAACAGAAUCGGUUGGAUAUCACGGCAUACCUAGGCCCCGAAGAAUCAAAGCACAUCCUCAACUUGAAAAAGAACGGAUUCGGGCUGCAGCUUUUAGAAUCCUACGAAAAUGGCAAGAUCCUGGUUGGUGCCAUCAACGACCAUCUCUUUAUUGGAACCAUAUCAUCUGGGCAAAUCGAAACCUUGGCUCAACUUUCUUAUGAAUUCUUCUCCUUUGAUACCCCCGACCUAAUUACGUGCCUGGACACGAAGGUCACCUCUCAAAACUCGGGCUCCCAAUCGCGCGUCAACAUCCUUGUUGGCGGAGCAAGGGGCGCUAUUCAUUUAUACCAUGAUGCGCUGUCUCGGUUACAAGCAAUCGGCAAAUCAAAGUCGGAAAAGAAUACGAUACAGGCUCAAAAGUAUCACUGGCACAGAAAGGCUGUUCAUUCCGUCAAAUGGUCUCAUGAUGGCAAUUACAUGAUCUCCGGUGGCUCAGAAAACGUCCUCGUCUUGUGGCAGAUGGAUACGUCGAAGAAAGAUUUCUUGCCGCAUCUUUCUGGAAGCGUGGAGAAUAUUGUUGUAUCCCAAAGUGGCUCAUCCUAUGUGGUGCAUCUGGAUGACAACUCCGCAAUGAUCCUCUCAACUGCGGAAAUGAAGCCAACUGCCUACGUAUCAGGCCUACAAUCAGCAUCCGCACAUGUCUCUAUUCCCAAAGAUCUGCUCGUACAACGUGUAUGGAGCGCCCCAGAGCAAGUUAAGCGGCCGAUUCCCGCAGCCAUUCGCCCCACCGAACCUUCCAAGCUUCAUGUUUGUGUGGGCAAUGGUCGACAGGCUGCAAUGUCUGGAGAAUUCUCAGCACCCUUGCUACAGUCAUUUGACCUAGAGUCUUUCACAAGCGCCAAUAGGCAACCGUUGGCAAGGACACAACCAACUGAUGUGAAUAUCACGAACAAGGGAAACCCCAUCGAUGAGCCUCUCAUCACUCACAUUUCAUUUUCCGCGGAUGGAAGAUGGCUUGCGAGUGUUGAUGAAUGGAAACCAGCUGAGAGAGAUGUGGACAACGUGAGCAACGACCAAAGAAACCAGUUCAUCAGGGAGAGACAUGAAGUCUAUCUGAAGUUCUGGGAAGUUAGAGCGAGUGACGACUCAGCUGCCUUAGUCUCCAGAAUCAAUGCCCCCCAUGCUACAAGCCAACCGGAGUCAGUUCUCGACUUGGCCGCAAACCCAGUCUCGUCUAGCUUCGCUACAAUUGGAAGUGAUGGGAUGGUCCGGGUAUGGCGCCCUAAGGUACGACAACAAAACGGCAUUGUUGCCAAGUCAGCCAACGGCAAGGAUGCCUACACUUGGAGUUGCUCGCAGGUGAUUCCUGUUGGAGAGGUUUUUGGACAAGACGCCUCGGUUGACUUGGUGAACGCCACAAGCAUAAGUGAGCCACAGGGCGCAAUCGCUUUCUCUGAGGAUGGUUCAACCAUCUUUGCAGCCUUCCAAUCUACGGAUAGUGGUGUAGUCUAUGUUAUUGAUGCAGCAUCUGGCGAAGUUGUGAAGAUUCUUGAAGGGCUGUGGAACGGCAGGAUGCGUUCGAUCAAGGCUUUGGGAACCUUCCUCAUCGUUCUAUCCGAUCAACUCCGUGUUUACGAUGUUGUGGGUGACGAGUUGAGAUAUGGGAUCGAAAUUCCAACGGGUGGGCCGGAGAGCUCGCUUCUAAACAUGGCCGUCGACCAGGCCUCUGGCCACUUCAUUCUUGCCGUCCCUGCUGGUGCCUACUCAAGAGUGGGCAUUUUUGAUCCUGAGCAAUCUGAGCCACUUCUCGUGCGCAACUUGCCUCACCGGAUUGUCAGCCUGGUGUCGACACCAAACCAGAGUGGAUUUGUCGCUGUUGACGAUGCCGCCCAAGUCUGGACGAUAUCAGAAGGAUCUGACCCAUCAUCUCUCGCUGUGGUGCAGCCUUUGGAUGACCUGCGAUUGGAUGAAGGAUCCGAAUCUGUUGAUGUUCCCGACGAAACAAAUGAUGAACCACAAAGCGAAGACGAAGAUGAGCAAGAAAAAGCCGACCAAGACGUUGGAAUGGAAGAAGAUGAUGAUGAUACCUACUCCAGUGUUGUGGUAUCCCAACACCUUGCAGACAUCUUUGAUGCUGCGCCGGCUUUCGCCGCACCGUCCAUCGAGGACAUGUUUUACAAGGUCACGGGGCUUCUCGCAGCCAAGCCGUUGGUGGCGGAACAGCGAUGA